CUUUUAUGUUUUAGUUUCGGUGGUUAAUAUUUGACGAAUUGUCACGAGGUUUGCAUUGAUAGUAUCAACAUUUUUCACACAGCAAACGUCACAGCACAAUCGCCGACUGCUAUAAACAGUGUAUAAACCUCGGCAUUUUUAGACUUGCCUGAACAGACCUGUAACGACAUAAAUCAACUGGUGUACUUAAAUUGAUUGUAGGAGAUUAUGAGGGAAACCCUUAGCACUAAAUCAGGUGAAGAAUUGAGUGUUGAUAUGGCUUCUCUAGAUGAAGAUAUUAAAGUUCGUGAACAUGCCAGUUUAAUGGAUUCUACCCCUCUAUUACAUGGAUAUGGUUCUAUACCAAAUCACACCAAAGGCAAAGAUCAAGACACAGUUGAUGUGCACACAUUUACUUUCCAUGAUCAUGAGAAGAAAAUUAAGAAAAAAAGAUUGGGAUGCAUAGUGCAUGGAACCACCAAGCAAUUGAUGAAACAUAUUAAAGUAGCCACCAUUUUCAGUCUAACUGUUCUCUGUGCUAUCAUCAUGUCCAUGCAGAAUGAACGUGAAGAAGGCGGAUAUGCAUGUACUGUGUCGAAUACUAUGAAUGAGACUCUGAACAUAUCUGAUAACACUAUGGAGUCUGACAGUGGAUACAUACAGAUAAUUGCUAGAGGGGCGUUUGAAGAUCCGAAUCGAAUGGCGUCCAGGUACAACGUCACAAUACAGGUAGUCAGGGCAGGCGGUGAACCUAUACCAAGUGCUCAUCCGUGGGUAUUACCCAUAUCCAAGGAUAUCACUCUUGAAGGUGGUGAACCCGCACAGUUCAAGGAGAUGUUCCCAUUAGAAAGAACUAGUAUACAUGACAAAUACCAGAUGAUCAUCACCUCAAAUACUGAGCAGACUGUUGGAUUCAUGGCCUCCUAUGUGGGUCUCCCCAAAUCAGUAGAGAACCAAGUCAUCUAUGCGGCCAUCAUCCUUGUCGGAGUGUAUGUGCUUAUAGUGUUUGAUCUUGUCCAUCGUACAUUGGCCGCUAUGAUUGGUGCAAUGGCUGCCUUGGCAACUCUUUCUGCAAUGAAUCAGAGGCCGUCUUUGGAGUAUAUUAUGAAGUGGAUUGACUAUGAAACAUUAGCAUUGUUAUGGGGAAUGAUGACUAUGGUAGCCAUAUUUGCUGAUACUGGCGUGUUUGAUUGGUCAGCAUUGAUGGCUUACAAGUUAGCCAAAGGUCGUGUCUGGGUGUUGAUCACCAUACUCUGUUUGUUUACGGGUUGUAUCUCUGCAUUCCUGGAUAAUGUUACAACUAUUUUACUUAUAACACCAGUCACCAUUAGACUAUGUGAAGUACUGAAUUUAGAUCCUAUAUGGGUGCUGAUAGCUUUAGUGUUGUUUUCUAAUAUUGGUGGUACCGCUACUGCAGUGGGAGACCCCCCUAAUGUGAUUAUUGUGUCAAAUAAAGAAAUUCAGGAAGCGGGUAUCAACUUUGCUGAGUUCACUUUACACAUGUUUAUUGGUGUUAUAUUUUGUAUGAUUGGAGGUUUUCUAUUGCUAAGGCUAAUGUAUAGUAGAAUGACUUUAGAAAAUACAGAACCUCAGGACAUCAUUGAGUUAAAACGUGAAAUUGAAAUCUGGAAGCGAUCGGCAGCCAGAAUUCAGCCAACUACAAGAGAGGAGAGCAUGGUGAAAGCCUUGCUGUUACAGAAAGUGGUAACAUUGGAACAUGAAUUAACCAUAGAACUCAACAACAGAAAACAAAAAUCAACUGAUGUUGAUCCAGAUUGGAGAGAAAAGUUAGCGGAAUUAGAACUGAAGUACAAGAUUACAGACCCAGUGUUGCUAAUUAAAUCAAGUAUAGUUUUAGGAAUUACAGUACUACUAUUUUUUACAUAUAGUUUUCUUCCAAUUGAUCUCAAUUUAGGUUGGAUAAGUAUUAUUGGUGCUCUGAUGAUGUUAAUUAUAGCAGAUAUACUCCACUUAGAAACCAUAUUUGAGAGAAUAGAGUGGGCUACUUUACUCUUUUUUGCUGGGUUGUUUGUACUCAUGGAGGGUUUAGCAUAUUUAGGUUUAAUAGAUUGGAUUGGAGAUAGAGUAUCAGAACUCAUAGCGUCUGUUCCACGAGAGCAUCAAUUGAUGGUAGCUAUUAUCACUAUAGUAUGGGUAUCUGCUAUUGUAUCGUCAUUUAUCGAUAAUAUUCCAUUCACAACUGCUAUGAUUCCCAUUGUGAUCAAUGUUAGUGUAAGUAAUGUGUUGCCAUUAAAACCAUUGGUGUGGUCACUAGCAUUUGGUGCAUGCUUAGGAGGAAACGGUACAUUGAUUGGUGCCUCGGCUAAUGUAGUCUGUGCUGGAAUCGCUGAACAACAUGGAUAUACCAUUACGUUUAACCAGUUUUUCAAAGUUGGAUUUCCAAUGAUGUUGGUGACUACGUUUAUUGCGAUGAUUUAUCUUCUAAUAUGCCAUGUUGCAUUUGAUUGGAACUACUAACAGAAGAUGAGAUCAAUUCUUGAACAGUUUGGAGUAGACCAAGAUGCAAAAAUUACCAGGAGAUUGAGAUUUUAUGACUGCAGCUCAGGACCAAAAUAGAACACAAAUAGAGAUUUCUGAUGUAGAAAAGCGUGUUGUGUAUUGUGUGUGUUGUUAAAUGGACAAAUCAUCUGAUAGAACAUUAAAACAUGCAGUAAGUGAUGCAGUGUGUAUGUUUGUAACCACAUCUAUGUAUGAACAAGUCACAUGGUUGAAAAAAAAAUCACCUCAUCUUCUCAUUUGAAUAAUGUGUAAAC